AAAUUUGUUUUCGUAGGAAUCAGGGUAAAUGUGUAGAGGGCAUGGUGGAGAUCUUUGACAUGUUGCUGGCUGCGUCGUCUCGGUUCCGCACGAUGAACCUGCAGGGAGAGGAGUUUGUGUGCCUCAAAUCCAUCAUUUUACUUAAUUCUGGAGUGUACACAUUUCUGUCCAGCACCUUGAAGUCUCUGGAAGAGAAAGACCACAUCCACCGCGUCCUGGAUAAGAUCACAGACACUUUGAUCCACCUGAUGGCCAAAGCUGGCCUGACUCUGCAGCAGCAGCAUCGUCGUCUGGCCCAGCUCCUCCUCAUUCUCUCCCACAUCCGGCACAUGAGUAACAAAGGCAUGGAGCAUCUCUACAACAUGAAAUGCAAGAACGUUGUGCCCCUCUAUGACCUGCUGCUGGAGAUGUUGGAUGCUCACCGCCUUCAUGCCCCAGCCAGUCGCAUGGGGGUCUCCCCAGAGGAGCCCAGCCAGAGCCAGCUGACCACCGCCAGCUCCACGUCAGCACAUUCCUUACAAACCUACUACAUCCCCCCAGAAGCGGAGGGCUUUCCCAACACAAUCUGAGAGCUCCCAGGUUGCCCCAAGGCUCUGAGAAUCCCUGCAGCAUUUUCCCCAUGUCAUGUAUCACUUUAGCAGAAUUCUGUCUCCUGCAUACACUCUGGCAUGCGUCCACCACCAGUGGCUUUCUAGUAUGAGUGGCCAUUCAUUUGCUUGCUCAGUUCUUAGUGGCAUGUCUUCUGUUGGGAACAGCCAAAAGGGAUUCCAGGGCUAAUUCUUGGUAACAGCUGUUUCCCCCUUUGCUACAUCGCUAAGUCUGAGGAUUCCUGUAGUCUUCAUGACCAAAUUGAGAUAACUGCAUUGAAGCUACUAGUUGAGACCCAAGCCUAGAGAGUUAACAUUUCACCUCUGAUAAGCACUUUGUGUAUGGCUCCAAGAGUAAACCUCAGCAAAGACUUUGAA